CACCUUCUUCUCUCUCUCUCUGUCUCUAAUGUACACCUACACGUUCACCUCUCUCUCUCUCUGAUCAAACGUAUAUUCUCUCUCUCUUCUCUUUCUCUCUCAUUUCUAUCUAUAUAUACAAAUCCCUCUUUUCUCUCCCACUGUUUCUCUAAUGGCUCUUGUCCACCGCCAACCUCUCUAACUCAACCCCUUUUCUUAAAUUUUCCUAUUUCCUCAACUCACCGCCGGCCGGUUUGAAUGGCCGUCGAAUACGAAUGCUGCACCCCCAAUUUCUUCAUCCAUAUUCUUAUCAUCGUUCUUUUGGUCCUCUUCGCCGGCUUGAUGUCCGGUCUCACCCUUGGCCUCAUGUCCAUGAGUCUCGUCGAUCUUGAAGUUCUUGCCAAGUCUGGUACCCCCAAGGACCGCAUACACGCCGCAAAGAUAUUGCCAGUUGUCAAAAACCAGCAUUUAUUGCUAUGCACCCUACUGAUAUGCAAUGCAGCAGCCAUGGAGGCACUUCCUAUUUUCCUUGAUAGCUUGGUUACAGCUUGGGGUGCUAUUUUAAUCUCAGUUACAUUGAUUCUUCUAUUUGGCGAGAUUAUACCACAGUCUGUUUGCUCUCGGUAUGGUUUGGCAAUUGGAGCAACAGUUGCUCCUUUUGUCCGUGUUCUUGUUUGGAUUUGCUUCCCUGUUGCAUAUCCAAUCAGCAAGCUACUAGACUUUCUACUGGGCCAUGGACGUGUAGCUCUUUUCCGUCGAGCUGAACUAAAAACACUUGUCAAUUUGCACGGUAAUGAGGCUGGAAAGGGGGGAGAGCUGACACAUGAUGAAACCACUAUUAUUGCUGGAGCUCUUGAAUUGAGUGAGAAGACAGCUGGUGACGCCAUGACUCCUAUAUCUGAAACGUUUGCUAUUGACAUCAAUGCGAAGCUCGAUAGGAAUUUGAUGAAUCUUGUUCUCGAGAAAGGGCAUAGCAGGGUGCCAGUUUAUUAUGAAGAACCAACCAACAUCAUUGGUCUUAUCCUGGUUAAAAAUUUGCUUACUAUCCACCCAGAUGAUGAAGUUCCAGUAAAAAGUGUCACCAUUCGAAGAAUUCCUAGGGUUCCAGAAACUAUGCCAUUGUAUGACAUUUUGAAUGAGUUCCAGAAAGGUCAUAGCCACAUGGCCAUUGUUGUUAAACAGUGCAACAAAAUGAAUGGGAAAUCUGAUGAUAAAACGAGUGACGAUUCUCAGAAAGAUGUUAGAAUUGAUGUGGAUGGUGAAAAGCCCCCACAAGAAAAAACUUUGAAGAACAAGAGGCCACUUCAGAAAUGGAAAAGCUUUCCCACCUCAAACAAUUCAUUCAGGAGUGGCUCUAGAAGCAAGAAAUGGACAAAAGAUAUGUACUCUGAUAUCCUCCAGAUAGACGGAAGCCCUCUUCCUAAGCUCGCCGAGGAAGAAGAAGCUGUCGGCGUCAUAACAAUGGAGGAUGUCAUUGAAGAACUUUUACAGGAGGAGAUCUUUGAUGAGACAGAUCAUCAUUUUGAGGACUCAUGAUAGUGGAUAGUGAAGGGGAAUGGUUGGUUCUACUUAUAUACACACGGUUAGAUAAUGACGAAAAUAUUAGUUGAAUUUGUUGAUGUUCUUUAUAGAUUUUGGAACCUACGAAACUCAAAUGGAAGAUUUUGAGGAUUAUAAGAAGCAGGAAAGUACGUGUUGUAGUAGAAGCAGAGAAUGAGUAUGUUUAGAUGUUAGUAUGAAGAAGAAGGGGAAACUCAAAUUUCAGAUUGGCAUAUGUUUCUUCUUUUCUCUUCCCUUUUAUUGUAUAAAAAAAAGUUCCCAUCAUCUCCAUCUGCA